AUGCAUCCAACAACCCCAAAACCGGUCCGGGCGAGACGAACACAUUGCAAGUCACGCCUGGGCUGCGCCAGCUGUAAGCGACGUCGUAUCAAAUGCGAUGAGAGACGGCCUAUAUGUUCCAAUUGUGUCCACCACAAGAUCGAUUGUACGUUUGCCACCGAAGUUGUUGCAGAACCUACUUCGCUUUCGGAAAGAGCCACUGAGCAGCGACGAGCACGCCGAUCCCGAACUCACCAAAACUCGACCUACAAGUGGAAGCAUACCUUCGUCUCGCCCAAUAAUAGCGAUGAGACACGAUCAUCAACGGAUUCGACUGGCACGAAAUACGACGCUUCAACAGUUCCUCCUACAACAAUCUCGUUGGCCGACCUGCAACUGUUCCAUUACUUCAUCACAACAACUUAUCAGGCCAUGGCCGUCGAAGGCGGGCAGGAUCUUUGGCAAGUGGACCUUGUUCAAUGGGGCUUUGAGUUCCCAUCGAUUUUGCAUCUGGUGCUAGCCCUGGCAGCUCUUCAUGCUGCCUACGAAAAGCCAGAGUUACGAGAUCAAUUCGUGCAGCAAGCAAAUGAUCACUUUACCUUCGGCAUCCGAUCCGUGACAGGGAUUCUGUCCCAGCUGAAUGACGAAAACUGCCAGAAAAUAUAUAUGUCAGCCUCACUAAUUUGCUUGAUAUAUUUUGGCCGUGGGCCAUGUCCCGGGGAAUAUCUCAUUUUUAGCACAAGCGGUCCGUCCGAGUGGCUUAUUCUCAUGCGCGGAGUCAAAUUUAUCAUGGCAAACUACCGCGACAAAGUCUUUACUGGAACACUUGAACCAAAAGGCGGGUCCGACGAACCGGAUUUUGCGAUGACGCCUGAGAUGUGCUCCGAAUCAUCUGAGCAUACAAUGUAUACAGAAGCCGUCCAACGGCUUGUCGAACAGGAGGAGAAGGACGAGUCUGACCGCGCCAUGUAUAUAUCUGCCAUCAAGGACCUCCUUGGGAUUAUACGUGAGGUCUAUCGAAAGGUUUCGGCCGGGAAGACAGGACUUCAUUUGAUGCACUUGUUGAUCGGGUGGCUAUAUCGGCAACCUGAGGAGUUUGUAAGCAUUAUGGAGCAACAGGAACCGCACGCACUUAUCAUUGUCGCGUCUUGGGGCGUUCUUUUGAAAUACAUGGAGUCCUCAUGGCUCAUGAAAGGCUGGUCUAAACAUGUCGUAUUGGGGGGUUUCUGCAACUCUUCGUCCAGAUCUUCAGCCGUGGAUUGA